AAACAACUCAGUCCAUCAGGCCCAAAAAUUUUGAAAUUAUAUUAAUAAAAAAAAAAGAUGCAACGAAUUAAAUCGAAAUUAAUUAACAAAUAGUAAAUCCAUCAGACUCCCAAAAUAGCUCCAUCACAGAUCCACAAUUUUCAAGUCUCACUCUCACUAUCACACUCUCAUUCUCAACCAGCAAAUCUAAUGGCGUCCCCACGCGAGGAGUAUGUGUACAUGGCCAAGCUCGCCGAGCAGGCCGAGCGCUACGAGGAGAUGGUCGAGUUCAUGGAGAAGGUCGUCGGUGCCGUCGACGGCGACGAGCUCUCCGUCGAGGAGCGCAACCUCCUCUCCGUCGCCUACAAGAACGUCAUCGGCGCCCGCCGUGCCUCCUGGCGGAUAAUCUCCUCCAUCGAGCAGAAGGAGGAGAGCCGAGGCAACGAGGCCCACGUCUCCGCCAUCAAAGGCUACAGAUCUAAGAUCGAGGCCGAGCUGUCCUCCAUCUGCGACGGCAUUCUCAAGCUCCUCGACUCGAAGCUCAUCGGAUCCGCAGCCAACGGCGAUUCCAAGGUCUUCUACUUGAAAAUGAAGGGUGACUACUACCGCUACCUGGCGGAGUUCAAGACGGGAUCUGAGCGCAAGGAUGCAGCUGAAAACACGCUCUCUGCCUACAAGUCUGCUCAGGACAUUGCUAAUGCUGAGUUGGCUCCUACACAUCCUAUCCGGCUUGGACUGGCACUCAACUUCUCAGUCUUCUACUACGAGAUUUUGAAUUCUCCCGACCGAGCUUGUAAUCUUGCUAAACAGGCUUUUGAUGAGGCCAUUGCAGAGCUGGACACUCUGGGAGAGGAUUCAUACAAGGAUAGCACUCUAAUCAUGCAGCUUCUACGUGACAACCUUACUUUGUGGACUUCAGACAUGCAGGAUGACAUUUCCGAAGAGAACAAGGAGGCACCAAAGCCUGAUAACGAGUAACUCAUUUCCGGAUUAGUGUAUUUCGAGUGUUCUACUGCUGUCUCUAUUUUAGAGUCUGCGUUUAAAAAGGGAGAAAAAACAGAAAGGAAAUGCUUCUCUUAGCUUGAUUUUUCAACUUCUGUCGCAUUUUAUGGAACACUAAUGAUGUCUGAGCUGAAGUUUGGUUAUAUAAUUUAUAUUGAUUUGUCUUUAAGAAAAACAAAUGAUUUCUUGUGUGUGCCAUUCAUGCUCUGGAUUGUCUUUUGGAUGUUUGAAUAUGGUUGUCUUGUCCCUUGAUGUUCAUGGAUCAUAAUACUAGCCACUAGGCCACUUGAUGCAGUUUCUUGUGUAUGCCAUUCUUUACCUG